UGUAGGGUCGGUGUCUUCUGGCAAUAUAAUUCACAUUCCUAGACAUCACACUAGUAGCGCUAUUUAUAUAUAUAUAUAUAUAUUCAGUGUAGUUCAAUCGAAUGCGUCCACUGUUUAUGAUGAGGCGAGAAAUGGCGUCCACAGAGCCCGUCGGUGGUAUGUGGUCCUAAACACAACGGACAGCCACACGGCUCUCUCGGUGGCCGCACAGUUGCGGGCUACCAGCGGACAGGGCGAGCUGCCGACUUUAGUUACGAGUUUCUUGGACCAUUUGUCUUCCAUGUAACGUGUAGGAUGAUGAGGCUGAGAGUACGGAAGGCUUCUCAGCAGCCCAAACCCAGCCCCGGCCGUCCAGCCUCUGAACCCCGCCCAGCUCAGGCCAAGAGAAAACACUGCGAGGUGGCGCCCCCGUCCAGGAGAGGCCUCAGGAUGCAGACGAAUGAGGCUGGUCUGUUCUCUACCAUCAAGAAGUUCAUCAGGGGAAAUGCUGUCAAGGUAGAGCAGGACAUCCCAGCUAAGAGGAGUCGUAUUGAUUGUAAAGUGGACAACAGCAACCUGAUCACGUCUUCUCCUCACCCACCAACCAAAGCCAUCGCCAGGGGCUGCAGAAGAGGUGCUAACAAACCUGAACCAAUGACGUUGAUCAGUAAGCCCCUGAAGCCCAACGGUAAACUGGAGGUCCCCGUGGAGGAGGCGAGCAGUCCACCUCGCACCACUCUCCUGGGGACCAUCUUCUCUCCCGUCUUCAACUUCUUCUCUCCUGCUACCAAGACGGCCACUCCUGAGUCUGGCUCCCCCGGGCAGGGGGGGUCGGAGGCUGAGGAGAUGACGAAGCAGCCGGAGAAGGAGACGGUGGUGGAGGAGAUGCCCACCAGUACCCCUGCAUCUACAGGGGGUGUCGUCCUGUCCUCUGUUGCCCCAGCUCCAUUAGUACCGCCACCACCACAGGCUCCUCUGGCUACCCCAGAGACACCUGUCGAAGGAGGGCAGAUGGCUACAGAUAUGCCCCCUCAAACAGCUCCGGGCUGCAUUCCAGUCAGCUGUUACCCCCACGUCUCUCCCACGGCCCCUGCAGAGGGCACCUACGAGGAAGACUGGGAAGUCUUUGAUCCGUACUUCUUCAUCAAGCACGUGCCUCCGUUGACAGAGGAGCAGAUAGCCAGGAAACCAGCACUGCCCCUUAAAACACGCAGCACACCAGAGUUCUCCCUGGUUCUAGAUUUGGACGAGACGUUGGUGCACUGUAGUCUGAAUGAGUUGGACGACGCAGGCCUGACCUUCCCUGUCCUGUUCCAAGACGUCAUCUAUCAGGUGUACGUGCGGUUGAGGCCGUUUUUCAGAGAGUUCCUGGAGCGCAUGUCUCAAAUUUACGAGAUCAUUCUGUUCACUGCCUCUAAGAAGGUGUAUGCAGACAAGCUGCUCAACAUCCUGGACCCCAAGAAACAGUUGGUCAGACAUCGGUUGUUCCGUGAGCACUGUGUAUGUGUUCAAGGAAACUACAUCAAGGACUUAAACAUUCUGGGAAGAGAUCUUUCUAAGACUGUAAUAAUAGACAAUUCACCUCAAGCCUUCGCCUAUCAGCUUUCCAAUGGGAUUCCCAUCGAGAGCUGGUUCAUGGACAGGAAUGAUACCGAGCUCCUCAAGCUGGUUCCUUUCUUAGAGAAGCUGGUGGAGAUGAAUGAGGACGUAAGGCCUUACGUCAGACAGCAGUUUCGUCUUCACGACCUACUUCCUCCCGACUGAUCCGUGAUUGGCUGACCCAGCAGGCUAACCCAUAGAAGUAGAAUGUGUACAUUAAUCAUUCUGAUUCUACGGGCUAAACCUCCCAGCACACGGAGAGGGAUGCCUUUCGUUCAACACGGUUGGAGAUGACGAGAAUCAACUUCAACUGACACUGAGGAUGUCGUCCAAGUGGAGAUCUGUCUACAGCAUUGCCGUUACCAACGAGAAUUUGUUCAACAAAAUAACAUUUUACAGAGAGAAAUUUGUAUUUAAACAACUACAAAACAAAUAUUUUGAAGCUAUGUAUAUGUUUUGUAUACUCAAACUAAAUUGUUAUAUUCCAACUAAACUGUACACCCCCCCAAAAGAGUAUAGCAGUCCCCUUGUAUUACGAAAGGCAUCUGUCUGGACAGACCUCAAGUCUAUGCUCAAAAGCAGGGUUGUGUUCAUUAGGGUGCGAACAUUACAAAACAUUUAGCAACGGCGAACGAAAAUUGUGCUUUUCUCAUUGGACAACUCCAGGUAGAACAUCCUCCAUUUCAGGAACGUUUUCUUGGGUUUUGGUGCCUAAUGAACACGAUCCUGGCCACUUUCUGUGAGAUGUUUUCUCAUUGGACAACUCCAGGUAGAACAUCCUCCAUUUCAGGAACGUUUUCUUGGGUUUUGGUGCCUAAAUGAACACGAUCCUGGCCACUUUCUGUGAGAUGUUUUCUCAGCUUCAGUUUUGGACUGAUGGAACUGAAUGUCGGUAUUUGAUUGUGUGAGGACCUGACUGCUCAAGACUCAUUUGAACAGGAACGGGGCAGUCAAACCUGUAUAAUAUACAAACGUAAUUACAUGUAUAUAUGACAUGUAUAUAUCUUUUUUUUUUUCAUGGUUUUUAAACUUUUUUUUUUCGUGCUUCUGAUUUUCUUUUAGUUGACUGUUUCUUUUACUAUUUUAGUAAAAAAAAAAAAUGUUUUUACCUUUAAAAAAAUAAUAUUUUUUGUUGUUUGUUUUUGAAGUUGAUGCUACACAGCUGCUGUUGUCUUCCUGCAAUUUAUGCAUCCCAAAUGGCACCUUAUUCCCUACUGUAUAUAGUGCCCUUCUUUUGAGCAGAGCCCUAUGGGUACUGGUCAAAAGUAGUGCACUAUAAAGGGAAUAGGGUGCAUUCUUUAUUUUCUAGUCUGCUUUUUAGUCCUGUAACAGGUUUUUAAAAAAUAUCUUUGGGAGGAAAUGUUUAUGAAAUCAUGAUGGGUUUUUUUAAGGUUAUGUAAAUGUAUUAUAGUGUUUUAACUUGAAGACCCUUCAACAAGCUGGCCUGGAUAUUAAUUUAGAUCAUGUAUAUUUGAGAUUUCACCCCUGAAAGAUGUUGAAACGACCCUUAGCUGCUCUGUGUCUGGGUGGUGAUGGGAAGGAAGGAAGGCUUCAGAGCUUUCCUGCACUUUUUGUUUAAAAAAAAAAAAAAAUUUUAGCAUCCAGCCCUAUGUAAAAAAUCUUGUCAAUAUUGUACACACACGUUAUCACCUCUAAAUUGUGAAUGCCCGUACAAUUUUGAAAUUGUAGCACCAGCAAAAUGGCCAACAUUUUGUUUUAUCUUUUAAAUCUUGUUUUCAAUGCUGUUCAUAGUCUUGUCUGUGAAAUAUCUUUUAUGUAGGAGUCACACAUUUUUAAAGAAAUAAAUAAGAAAGGACUC